CAGCGGACACCGCGUCAUCUGGCAAGGCAGUGGGGCGCCGGGUCACCAGGCAUUGGAUCGUCUGGCUCGACAGCGGGCAUCGGGUCACCAGGCAUCAGGUCAUUUGGCUCGCCAGCGGGCACCGCGUCAUCUGGCAAGGCAUUGGGCACCGAGUCACCAGGCACGACAGCGGGCUCUGAGUCAACUGGCACGACAGCGGGCACCGGAUCGUCUGGAUCAACAGCGGGCAUCGAGUCAACUGGCCUAAUAGGAUCGUCAGGCUGGAUCAGUUCAUCAUGCUGGGUAGAGGCAUCAGGCUGAAUGGAGGCAUCCGGCUGAGUAGAGGCAUCAGGCUAAGUAGAGGCAUCAGGCUGAGUAGAGGCAUCAGGCUGAAUAGAGGCAUCAGGCUGAAUAGAGGCAUCAGGCUGAAUAGAGGCAUCAGGCUGAAUAGAGGCAUCAGGCUGAGUACAGGCAU